UGGCAACGGCUAGAAGUGUCCCACAACACUGACAGCAGCCUGACUGAAUUGCUGCUCUACACCCAGUAGAGGUGCUCCAGCAUUGAAACCCAACCCACCCCACCCCACCCCACACCCCUUUCCCAUCAUCCUUUGCUUCACCACCUUCACAUUCCAACAGACACAGCAGAAGCUGGUCAUUCAAGUAAAACAAUACUCAACAGCUUGUUAUUCUGUGAGGCGCGGACCGCGGAAUUAAAGCUCCUGCAUUGAACCGCUGGUUAGUCUGACCCAAAGGAUACAGCAGGAGCUGGUUAUUCUGGAUACAGCAGGAGCUGGUUACUCUGUGAGGUGCCCAGUUAAAGCUCCUGCAUUGGCAUUGGGACCCGCGUCCUGAACAUGCCAGCGGAAUGUUUACUGUCAGUGAAGGAGGAGCCAGAAGAAGAGGACUUUGAUGACUUCCUAUACUCUUAUAUACUUUCAAAUCCAAUAAAGGAUGAGAAGCCUAAAUUGGAACAAAUCUUUAAAUCUGAAGUGGACGAGUCGCAUGCUGUUCCCGCCCAAGAUUUUCUGAGGGCUGCUGAUGUUAAAAAAGAGGAGGAGGAGGAAGAGGAAGAUGAGAUUGGACAGCUCCAUGAAGAUCAUACGUAUGCAAAAUGUGAUGUCCAAGGGAGCCAGUGUCAUGAAAGACCAAACACAAACGAAAACGGACACACAGAAUUUCAUCAAAAUAAUUUUCACAAAUAUCAGUGCUGUCAUUGUGGAGACAGAUUUGCUUCUCUUGGAGGAUUUAUAAGCCAUCAGAGGAAGCAUUGCGCAGAGGGCUCAUUUCAAUGUUCUCACUGUGGACAGAGUUUUAGGAGAUGGAAAUCCUUCCAGAAUCACCAGCGUCAUGCACGUUCAUGUGAGUGCUCUGAGUGUGGAAAGAAGUUUUGUUCCAGGUCAAGUCUCCAAAAGCAUCGGAGGAGCCAUACAAGAGAAAAGCCAUUUCAGUGCUCUCGCUGUGGGAAGAGAUUUAGUCAAAUGGACAAACUCAAGUCCCACCAGGCGAUUCACGCCGGUGAGAAGCCAUUUGAAUGCAGUCAAUGUGGAAAGUGUUUUGGCCAAAGGGCCCAUCUUAAAACUCAUCAGAUUAUUCAUUCAGGGGAAAAGCCAUUUCAGUGCUCUCAGUGUGGAAAACGAUUUCGUGCGCAGAGCAGUCUCUCUAAACACCAGGUUGUCCACACAGGGGAAAAGCCAUAUCAGUGCUCUUUAUGUGGAAAGAGUUUUGGCCAAAGGGCCCAUCUUAAAACUCAUCAGAUGACUCAUUCAGGAGAAAAGCCAUUUGAAUGCUCUCAGUGCGGAAAGAAGUUUAGUCAUAUGAACUCUCUGAAGUUACACCAGAUGAUCCAUACAGGGGAAAAACCAUUUGAGUGCUCUUACUGUGGAAAGAGCUUUUGUAUGAUGGGCACUCUCAAGAGACACCAGAUGAUCCAUACAGGGGAAAAGCCAUUUGAGUGCUCAGAAUGCUCAAAGAGGUUUAGAGAAAUUGGCAAACUCAAGGAUCACCAGAGGAUCCAUUCAGGGGAAAAGCCAUUUCAGUGUCAUCAAUGUGGAAAGACAUUCACUCAAAAUAGCCAAUUGAAAAGACACCAGAUGAUCCAUGCUGGGGGAAAGUCAUUUGAGUGUUCACAAAAUGGAAACCUUUAGUGAAAUUGGCAAGCUCAAGGAUCACCAGAGGGUUCAUACAGGGUAAAAGCCAUUUUGAAUUUUGUUCAUAGAAUGAAAUAACAAUGUUCAGUUUACCCAAACACAUACUGUACCUAUCCAUAGCAAACCAACAGUAACUCGAGCCUUUCGUGAAGUCUUCGAGAAAAACAGAAAAAAAUCAACUUUAAGCCUUGUGGUGCCUUUACGAAUAGCCUCGUUUGUUGUGGUUGGGCGACGAAAGGGGGAACUGACAAUUGAGGUAGUUUGAAUCUGGGGGGAAGAAUAAUGCAGACGGACGUCAACAAUCAAGCGCGACUGAAGGCUAACUGGAAGCGACGGUAAUCAUUUUACUUUUUAAUUACCCCCUUUUUAUCCGUUAGAUACCAUGGAUACCACUUCUGUCUGUUAUCCUGUUGUUACGCAGAAAGUACACAGUAAAUACUGUACCGUAAAGCAAAGCGUUACCAAAUAGAGGAAUGGAAUGUGUCCACGUCCUAGUUUCAAGCAGGAGAAAGCCAAAGCUAUUUUUUCGGUAAGAAAUUAAUAUUCAAAAAAUAUGAAGCCAAAGUUUCAUUACGGAUUUUCCAACUUUUAUCAUGAUUGUACCAUCCCAGAUUUUUCUUUGUCUUGUGUUGUUUAUUUGAUUGAGCAAAUGUAUAGAGAUGAAUCUUCAUUUCCAUAAUAAAUUAAUUUCUGCCCAUGCUGGUAAUGAUGACA